CGUAACGUGUGCGACGGGCAGAAAGUAUGAUGGUCAACGAUAACGUCUCAGUAUUAUUAAUCAGUAUUCCCAAAGUAUGAUGUUGGGGUACCUUUUUUUAAUCUGAUCGUGAUGGUAUAUUGUUUGGGUUGUUGAGUUAUUGUGCGUACGCUUUGUAUAUCAGUAUACGUAUGUAGUAAAGCGUUGUGAUAAUACAGAAUUAGCUUCAUUUAAAAAGUGCCGGUUUAUCUCUUGGCUCUGCACAAAUAUGUUGUGAGGAAUCUCGUAAUGUGUGAUGUAAUAGACAGAAGUGGAGUCCUUUCCCUGCGUGCAGGGGUAUUUGAUUAAUUUAAUAUACAUUUUUAAUAUACAUUUUUUAUAAUGUCACUUGUGCCUGACUAGGAAAUGCAAGCCUUUGUUCUUUAACAGUUACGGAAUGGAGUCACACCAAGAGGAGAAGAAAACAAAAGAAACAGAGCCAAAGAACUUCAUAAUUCCCUCUCAAUUACCAGAAUUGUCCCAGGUACGUUCUCUUUUCCAAGCUCCAACAGCGGUGUCGGCGGUCCCAGCGGCGUCGGGUCAGAGUUAUGCUGAUUACGUUUUCCGGCAAGAGCCUAGAAUACCUAAACAACCUGCGAAGAACUCCGAUCCGAGAGAGGAUACGGCCCUACCUAAAGGACAACUUCCAACUACAGCCACAAAGCCGGGUGGAGGAAGAAGCUGCAUUGUGGUCAGCACACGACAGAAAGGAAACCCACUCCUUAAACAUGUGCGAAAUGUGCCCUGGGAGUUUGGUGACAUUGUGCCAGAUUACUUACUAGGGGAAACCUGCUGUGCUCUUUUCCUUAGCUUGAGGUAUCACAAUCUGAACCCGGAAUAUAUACAUACUCGCCUUCAGUCUCUUGGUCAGUCUUAUGCACUUCGUGUGCUUCUGGUACAAGUGGAUGUGAAAGACCCGCAUUUUGCCUUAAAGGAAUUGGCAAAAAUUUGCAUCCUGUCUGACUGCACAUUAAUAUUGAGCUGGAGCCCAGACGAAGCCGCACGGUACCUCGAGACCUAUAAAUGCUAUGAGCAGAAACCAGCUGAUGCCUUGAAAGAGAGGACUGAGAGAGACUUCAUGUCAAGGAUGAUGGAUUGUCUCACAACCAUACGAUCUGUAAAUAAGACAGAUAGCUGCACUCUGAUUUCUACAUUUGGGACUUUAGCUGAUGUUGCUAAUGCUUCUCGCGAAGAUUUGUCUCUUUGCCCAGGGCUUGGUCCGCAAAAGGCUAAAAGACUAUUUGAUACACUACAUGAACCAUUUAUGAAACCCACCAUGUCAACAUGCAGAGAGUCCACGGCACAUGUGUAAUCAAUGAGCAGCUACGGUUAAGGGAUCUUUCCGGAUGGACAGCCGCAUACAAAGGUUAUUCGAAGCCUCCAUGACCCCCCUUUUUUCACACUUGUUUAUUGGGUACUGUAUAUGUUUCUAUAAAUAAUAAACACGCUUAUGUUUGGG